AUGCGUACUUACGAAGAUUCCUUCUCCGGAGCCAAGAUCUACCCUGGAAAGGGCAAGCUCUACAUCCGUGGAGACUCCAAGAUCUUCCGUUUCCAAAACGGUAAAUCCGAAUCUUUGUUCUUGCAACGCAAGAACCCUCGCCGAAUUGCAUGGACCGUCCUCUUCAGAAGACAACACAAGAAGGGUAUCUCUGAGGAAGUCGCCAAGAAGCGUUCCCGCAAGACCGUCAAGUCCCAAAGAGCCAUCGUCGGUGCUUCCCUCGAUGUCAUCAAGGAGCGAAGAAACCAGAGACCAGAAGCCAGAUCCGCUGCUCGAGAGUCCGCCAUCAAGGCCGCUAAGGAGAAGCGUGCCGCAGAGCAAGCCGCCAAGAAGGCCACAAAGGCAAAGACCAAUGUCUCCACCCAAUCGAAAGUCAGCAAGCAAGGUUCCAAGGGUAAGGCACCAAAGCCAAUGAACACUAGCCGUUAA